AUGGCGGAACGGAGCGUUAUACCUAUUGAGCAAAAUCAACACUCUGUGGUUGCCAAGAUUUGUAAUCCGUGGACGUGGCGUCUCGCAAAUGUUGUCAUGGCUUUGUUUUUCGCUUUGGCUGCAUAUGUUCAGGUGAGUAUCAAAAUUUGUUGCAUUGUCUACUGAAAUAUUUCUUGCUAUGAUUUAAGGCCCGAAAGUUACAGUGAAAAUUAGCCAGUCGAUCGUCUGACAGUUUUGCAAAAAUAUCGCGGUUAAAACUUUAAUAGACUUUCUUAAAGUACUCUGAGAUUCGCUGUUGGUUCUCUCUUCUUGACUAAAGCACAUUUUCUGCACUUCAAUAAACUUGUCACUUUGACGCCGUCGUAUCUGUCUUUGUCAGUUAGUAUUUCCUGCUGUACGAUACGAUACGAUGCAUGCAUGGGUACUUAAGUGCCUUUUCCAUUUAGAAGGAUAUUUUGAGGUCUUGAGGUUUUUAAAAAGUAAUAUAGAAUAAAAUCGGUUUGUGUUUAUUAGUUAAAAUACAGUGGAACCUCGGGGGGGGGGGGGGGGGGUAUUUCACACAAAAUUUUGGGGGGGGUGGGGGUGGGGGGUGGGGGUUGAGAACCCCAGCCCUUUUUAGGAAAAAAAACAACAAAAAAUAAACACUAUCACAGACUGUUUUUACACAACCCCCUCCAUAUAUAUUUGGGUGUUUUUGUUGGCGCGUGGUAUAUACAUAGGGUGUUGGGUGUGGAGUAGAUGCUUUUUUUUAUUUAAAGGGAUUUUUUGUGUUUGGUGUUUUUUAUAAAAAAAAUAAAAAAAAAAGUUGUGUUUUUAUUUUUUAUAAAAAAAAAUGUGGGCCGGGGGGGGGGGGGGGGGGGGAUAUCUCGACCAACAUUUGGGUAGACUGGGGUGAGCCGUUGAGGGUUUGAAACCCUGACCCUGUUUAGGACAAAAACAGCCUAAAAUACAUGACCAUACCUAGCCUGUUUAGGACAACCACCCUCAAUUUUAUAACUCUGUUUAGCACAAAGGAAAAAAAGCAUUCCGUCUUGUUUGAAAGCCAUUCAUUGGCAAUUGCAAUAGAGAAAAUUCAUGUCAUAAUCAUUGCUUUUUUCAGGGGCGGAUCCAGGAUUUUUUUUAGGAGGGGGUGCACUCAUCUCUUACUCUACUUCAACACCAAUAAACCAUAUAGCUCUUUUUUUUUUUUUGCAGAAUACCAGUUGUAUUAGAAAACCGCAGGUCAUCUCAGGGAGGGGUGUGCACCCCCUGCACCCUCCCCCUAGAUCCGCCCCUGUUUUUAUACAAAAUUCAUCUAGGAAAUCAAAUCAAUCGUGCAGGAUAUACCCUUUUAACAGACUCAUACGAAAUUAUAUACCUUGUUUAGGAUAGAGAAGUCAAAAACCAUACCCUAUCCAUUGGCACAUCAACAUAUAGGCCACACAUAGUACAACAGGGCAAUGGACAAGAGAUAUAAACUUAGAUGAUUUCUUUCCAGUGAGUUGAGAUUUAUCCAGUGGAUAGCCGUAUCCACCUCAGUUUUGACCAAUGGGAGCCUUCAGGUCUGCAAAGCAAGUGAGACUGCAUGGCCCCCUUCUCUACGUGCACCCCCCCCCCUCCCCUCCAACCUUCGAUCUCCUUAAUUUCUACAAUGGAAGGUAUCUGAGGCUUAUUAAGUUUCGUUUUUAUUUUUAUUGACAGACAAAUGACCCAGAUCCGGUAAUUUGGGUGGUAAGUAUUUGUUUCUUUAAUUCAGAAAAUAUACAACGUAUUGCAAUUUAUUUAUUUCUUAAUAAAGGGCAAGAGCUGGGCAUUGCAGUAGCAUGGCAGAACUUAGUAUAGACAAGUUUGUAAUGAGGCAUAACACAUGAAUGUUUUGUUUUUAAAAUUAAUUCAAUUUCAGCUAAUGUAUGCAAUUCCUUGUCUACUCUGUAUGGCUUUGGUGGCCGACUCAUCAUUACAAGGUAUUUAAAUACUUUCUUAUCAUGAUCAUCAUCAUCACCAUCAUCAUCAUCAUCAUCACCGUCAUCAUCAUCAUCAUCAUCAUCAUCAUCAUCAUCAUCAUCAUCAUCAUCAUCAUCAUCAUCAUCAUCAUCAUCAUCAUCAUUGUCAUCAUUACUUUAAUUAGUUUUUUUUUUUCCAAAGUACUAUCUUAAUAUAACUUAUAGUUAAACGUUUGUAUGGGGACCAUACACCACUAGAAAUAUCAAUACCUUAAUAAAUGAGUCGUACACUGUAUGGCUCACUAAAAAAGUUUUUAAAAUUUAUAAGUUAUUAAAGAAAAUAAUAUUUGGUCUUAACAGCCUUUAUUGCCCAGUCAUAAUUAAUAAGAUCUCAACAGUUAUUAAAGAUAAAAAGCCAAUUUCAUGGCUAUUGCCCUACUAACAAUUGGCACCAAAAAAUGUGACAAUCACACAGUGUGAACCUUACUUUCAAAAACGUUUAAAUGAAACUGCUGCGCAAUAUUUUUUUCUUUUCUUUUCUUUCCAAUCUCAUGUAAAUAUUAUUUAUACAUAAGAUAUGUGCAGACAUGCUUUAGAGCUAUUCCUUUCCUCCUUAUCAGGUUAUUAUAAGUAGGAUCUAAUGCUGAAGUUUUCUUUUUGGAAGAUCACUUUCUCUGGAAACUAACAGCUGCCAUUCACCUUGGUGUAUGUAUCGUUGGAGUGAUCUACUCAUUGACUGUCCUACUUUCAUCUGAAACUGGCUCAAAAAACCUUCUGAAAUCUGAAGAGGGGAGGUAAGGAUAACACUAAACCUGUAAACAUUUUGAUCUUCACCAGAAAGCUGGAGAUAAAAAGAAAUGUGUUCAUUCACAAGUUUGUGAAACAUGGUUCACCAUAAUGUAUUCAGUAAAUUAAUGUGUACUCUCUUGAUUCAAACUCGUAGUAGAAUGAUGAUGGCUAUCAUCCCACCAAAAUGACACUGGCUCACUUGCGAGCACUACAUAUUAUUGAGAAAAUCUUGUACUUGUAGUUGUCCUUGUCUUAGAGUGUAAAGGUCUCUAGUUUCCAUAUAUACCUCCCCUUCCGCAGAAGAAAUCUUUUCUCUACCCCUCCCCCUACCCUGGUUACUUGCAAAGUAAGCGACGUAAAUAAAUAAUUACACAUUUGUCAUUUCAGGGAAAUUGCAGGUUUACUGAUUGUGGUAUUCUGGUUGAUUCUCUGCCAAGUGACAAAACUCAAAAGGUAAUAAAUGGAGACAAGCUUGAGGUCUAAUACGAUUGCUUAAAACAUUAAGGAUUAUAAUAAUAUUAUUUAUCAGACAAUGAUGCAAACAUGACAUUUUUUCAUUCUGGUACAUUGCAAUAUUGAUUCCAAUCCAGUUUGAAAAGCAAUAACUUUGUAGAUGAUAAAAAAAAAUAUGGUUAAGCAGUGCUGGUGUAAACCUCAACGUGUAACCACCGCCUUUUUCAAAAGAACAAAUUUUUAUCAAUUUUGGUUUCUCAGUCAAGGUACUUAUAGUUGGAACCUCUUGUUCCAGGGAUUUAGAGGCAGAGAGUACUGUGGUCUAUUAGAGUCUUGGAGCUAAAUAGAGAAUUAAAGUAUUCUGUUCACCACUCUAGAUCUAACUAACAACUAACUCCAUUUAUUACUUUACAGCUUCAAAGAAAACACUGCCUAUCUUUGGACUGUCACUGUAGCCAUUUCUGUCAUUCCUUUUGUUCUCUGGUCUUACUACACGUACACAUUGGAUGUGUCCUCUUUACAGAGCCACUGCAAAGAUAUCAUGUCAAGAUAUCUGUUUAGACAAUCUGAGAUGUAG